AUGGCACCUUGGAGUGUUGUUCCAGCUGCAGCCAAGAAUAUCAAGUGGGCUUAUAACAAUUCUCUCGUUCAAUUUGCACGCUAUGUGUCGUGGCGCUAUCUGUGGGGAGGCCGAGAGUAUGGUCUGUUGUUCCACGAUCAAUACUUCGAGCCAGCACCUGAGGUUUCGGAAGCGUUGAGGCGUAUGAAUCUGAAGGAACCGUGGCUGUUUGAUCAGCGCAAAAUGCGCCUUUCAACUGCUCAUACUCUUGUGACGCAUGGAGAACGUAUGCCGAAAGAAAAAUGGACGAAAUGGGAAGAAGAAACAUGGUAUCUGAAGCCAUAUUUGGACGAAAUAGAAGCCGAGAAGCAAGCGCGAGCCGAGUCAUCCGGACUCGUUCCAGGCUUUUGGAUGCGACGAAAUCACUGA